AUGGCGGCAGACGACUGUCGGCGUGGUAAGAGGGCUUUUGCCAUCACCAGGCUCGAUCACGCCACCGAGGAGAGCCAAGCCGCCGCCUGCCGCGCUGUCCAAGACGCGCUGGCGGAGGUUGUGGCGGAUGACAUCGCCGCAGACUCGAUCGCUGUCCGGCGUCUGCUGGACAUCGACCCGGUCUCGCACAUGAGCCAGCGGGCAGUGGCGGUGACCGCCUCGUUUCUCGCCCGUGAUCACACCGUGUACCAGAUCAAGGUCCAGAUCGGGACCGCCUCGUGGCGGCUACUCCGCCGGUUUGCCCAGUUCCGCGCCCUCGCUCGCGAUCUUGUCGCCGAGCUCGGAGACAGCGCGCCGUGGGCGUGUCUCAUGCCCAAGGCCUCGUACUUUGGAAGGAAGAAGCCGUCGGUUGUUGCCCACCGCAAGAACGCACUCAACGCCUUUCUCCAGGCCGCUGUCGCUGACGACGCCGCCUGGGCGUCGCCGUUCUUGCAGAUAUUCCUCCGAGUCAAGGCCAACUACCGCCCGCUUCAGCCGCGGACAACAGCGUUCUCGCGUAAGGUCACUUCGCUGCCGCCGGGUGCCAUGUACGCCUCGCUGCCGUCGAGCCUCUCGGGCGCCAGCGCCGGCGCUGGCGCCAGUGCCAGCCUGGGCUCAAGGCCGUCGAGCUCGCCGCUCCGCGUCCCGCGGGCAGCCACAUCGCAGGCCGCCCGCGCCACAGCCUCGUCCGUUGGCACCGAUGCCUGGAUCCAGCUCUUUGCCUCUGGAGCGGUACCUGCAGACGUCAUGGCAGUAGCAAGCUCGGGCGACGCGUCGCCGGGCGCGCCGUCGUCGUACACGCAGCGCGUCGACGAGUGGUCAUCCCUCCCAGUCGCACCUACCAUGCGUCAGCUGCACACCACCACGCCGGUCGAGGACGACGGGACUGCGCCCGACGACUCAGUCUGUGACGGAACGUUUUAUACAGACGCCGGCGGCGUCUCUUCUGACGAUGACGAGUUCUUCUCGGCGUCGGGCGACGGCGGCUGAGUGCAUGCUACGCACGCGACGCUGCAAGCGCCUCGUACAGCUCGCCCAUGUCGUGGCGAAGCUCGAUGGAGCGGCAGAACCGG